AUGUAUAACUUGACCCGGUACAUUUGUCCUGGAGAUCGUGGAAGAUCGCGGAACACAGCGGCACUAGUGCACUACCAUGGCGGUGGUCGGCGCGUUACUGGGGCUUCACAUCCACCUCCACCUCGGGGUACGGGCCAGCCCCUCUUGAAGACGCCUGGAGUAGGGGAUAGAAGGGACACAGAUGGCUCAUUCAGGAGGACCACGAACCGAAGACAAGAACGCGGUAGUGUUCCACACCGACAGUCUCACGGUAACCGGAUGGACCGAAAACUAGUGAAAUGGCCCAACCAUAGCUCUGCCCCGCUGAAUAUUAUGGUAUAG